AUGGUGUAUUUUGUGGGUUGGUCGAUUUACCAUAAGGUGAAGCUUGUUAGAGAGCCUAUUAGGACGUUUCCACGAGGUGAUUUGAUGCUUGGAGUGUUGCUGAAGUGUAAGUCUGAAGAAGGGGUGAGAGUGUUAUUGCUAGUUUGGGAUGAUAAAACUUCGCACGAUAAGAUUUUACUCAAGACGACUCAUGAUGAGGAAACCAGGAAGUUUUUUAAACAUUCUUCAGUAAUGUGUGUUUUGUCGCCUCGGUUUGACACUGCAAGCUUACUUUUGAGCAAAUCUUAUGCUAUUCUUUCUUGA